GGCGGCAGCGGCGGCAGCAGCGGCAGCACCAGCACCAGCACCUUCGGCAACACACCCGGGCGGCCUCGGGCGGGGCCGGCCGGACGGACAGACAGACAGAGGGCGCCGGGGGCGCGCGUCCCUCCUGGGCUGGCCAUGGAGGGAGGCUCGUUCGGCGCGGGCCGGGCGGGGGCCGCCAUGGACCCCGUGAGCUUCGCGCGGCGGCCGCAGACCCUACUGCGGGUCGCGUCCUGGGUGUUCUCCAUCGCCGUCUUCGGGCCCAUCAUCAACGAGGGCUACGUGAACACCGACAGCGGGCCCGAGCUGCGCUGCGUCUUCAACGGGAACGCGGGCGCCUGCCGCUUCGGCGUCGCGCUCGGCCUUGGGGCUUUCCUUGCCUGCGCCGCCUUCCUGCUGCUCGACUUGCGCUUCCAGCAGAUCAGCAGCGUCCGCGACCGCCGCCGCGCGGUGCUGCUCGACCUGGGCUUCUCAGGGCUCUGGUCCUUCCUGUGGUUCGUGGGCUUCUGCUUCCUCACCAACCAGUGGCAGCGCACGGCGCCCGGGCCCGCCACGCUGCAGGCGGGAGACGCGGCGCGGGCCGCCAUCGCCUUCAGCUUCUUCUCCAUCCUCAGCUGGGUGGCGCUCACUGUGAAGGCCCUGAAGCGGUUCCGCCUGGGCACGGACAUGUCGCUCUUUGCCACCGAACAGCUGGGCGCCGGGGCGGGUCAGGCCUACCCUGGCUACCCGGUGGGCAGCGGCGUGGAGGGCACCGAGACCUACCAGAGCCCUCCCUUCACCGAGACCCUGGACACCAGCCCCAAAGGGUACCAGGUGCCUGCCUACUAGUGGCCGGCAAGCCCCCACCGGGGCUGGAAGGCUGCCCCAAGCCAGGGUCCAGGGUUUCCUGGGACCUCCCUCAGGUCCUCCUGGCCUAGUGCCGGGUGUGACAGAGAGGGUGGCCACUGUGGGCCCUCUGGGGCCGAGAGACGGUAGCUCCCAGGGUGCCUAGGCUGCCCCCUCAACCCAAGUUCCCCCUGUCUGCUUAGUCGCUGACCCCAGGCCUGAGGUCCUGAGGAGGGGACAGUGCAGCCUUGGACAUGUAUCCUCCAGCUUCUAGUGGAUCAGCCUGCGAGCGGGUCAUUCCUCUCAUGAGCCAGCUAGCCCGUGGCUCACCUGUCCACUCUGGGGUCAGGGGUCUAGCUGCCCUCCGUAGCUAGGUGCAGGGGCUGUCCCCUGGAGCAUGGGCACUGCUCCCAUCCCAUGUCCCUAGGGGUAGUGACGGUCCCUGCUCCGGAAUUGUGUUGGUUCACCCUGCGGGGCUGUGUGCACACUGUCUGGAGCCUCCAUCCGUUUGCUUUCACGGGCUCGCUAGAGUAGCCUGGUCCUGUUGAUGUUGUGAUUGUGGUCAGGUCUUCGGGCUUCACCUCAUAGUUCCCCGCAAGCAGCCCCACUGUCUGUGGCCCCUGCUCCUGCCCCUACCUGCCUCGGCCCAGGAGCCUGCGCGGAUGCGGGCACUUUGGGCUAGGAAGGCACAACAUGGCUGUAGGCCUGGGCACCAGCCCUCUCCCACCCCUUCAGUAAGACCUUGCCUGAGGGAGGCUUGGGGCACCUGGAUGCCUGGCAAGACAGGCGCCUCACAAGGAGGGAGGCCUAGAGGCUCUGUGUGCCCACAGUGCCCUGGACAUGGCCCAUCUGUGCAAACCCCUUUACCUUCCGCUUCCCGGACCAGCCCCUCAGCAACCUGCCCUGCACCCCGUUUUACAGCACAGCCCGAGGUUGGGGUCCCUCUGCAUAGCUGACUACUCAUGCAUCGCUCAAAGUUAUGUUAAUACCAAACGCAGUUGCCGGGCUCGGUUCUCACAGAGAGGCACCUCCCUCUGGAGUUGCAGUUGGGUGACUACCCUUUACAUUGUAGCAUAGACCAAUUCUGUGUGGGUAUUUAAGUGAACAUGUUUACAGUUUUUGUAUAUAUGAAUCUUUCUCUCCCUCUUCUGAAAGAACACUCCGUGACUGUGUAUCUUCAGUGUCCCAUGUUUCAACUGCAACUUCUUUACAAUAAAAGACUGUAAGUGAGUUUACCUGGUGCCGAGGCUGGCCGAGUCAUUUCUAUCCCUGCCCCUGUGAGUGCCCGAGGUUGGGAUCUGCCCCCUCGGGGCCCAGAACCCAGGAAGGGGCAGCAGGUGGUGGCCAGGCUGAUGUCCACAUUCUGGGGGUCCCUGAGGCCCCCACUGCACAUCCCGCUGGGCUGCCCCUGGGUUGCCCAGAGCCAACUCUCGGAAAUGCUGGGGAGAUGCCCACCUCUUCUUUUUAGAACAGCAGGACUAGGAAUUAUUUUUUGUCGCCGCACAUCUUUAGCAGUUCCUUCAUCAGUCUGUGGAUGUGAACUUCUUUCAUGUUACUACCACGUUCUUCAAGGAUUGUUUUGCUGGGACUAUAAAUGUGAAGUCUUGUUCCUUAGAACUUUGAAGGUAUUUCUGUAUUCUCCUUAGGAUCCUAUACUGUUGACGAGAGCAGUGAUGACAGUAUGAUUCGUAUUCUUUAGCGGGUUAUCUGUUUUUUCCCUUCGGUAAAACUUACUGGGAUUUUUUUCUAAGUUGUGUUGUGUCGAGAUGUGGCUUUUUAAAGCAUUAUUCUUGGGGCGCCUGGGUGGCUCAGAUGGUUA